GUGUGUGCGCGCGCGCGCGCACCGUUACGCGCGUGUACGUGCGUGCACCGAGCCUCACCUGCGUGGGUGUGUGCGAGAGCCGAGGAAGCCUACCUGGCGGCGUCCGACACGCAGUUACCCGCGCGCGCCUCUCCGCGUUCUCCCGCAGGAAGGAGCGCCGCGCGCGUUUACACCCGCCAUCCCGCUCCGAUUGCCGUGUUCCUCGUCUCGUUCCCGGAGUCUCGCGUGAGAACCGCGCCUCUCGGGGUACCGACCUUGGAAGAAGACGAAGAGGAACGCGACAGAAGCGCGCCGUGCGCCCCGCGCGCUGCCUCCGUUCCCGCGGUCCACCGGAGAUCGGAGCAAGAUCGGAAGUGCGACGGAAAGGAAUCUGCUGCGCGCCCGAUGUGUGUGCACGUGUGUGCGCGCGUGUCUGUGUUUACGUGCGACGAGGGAUAAGGAGUGCGAUAAGCGCGGAAGGUGUCCCCGGAGGUUGGUUGCCUCGUCGGUGCCAGCGAGCCUGGAUGCCCGACGCGGAGGCACGACGGAUGUUUCCGCCGCUGAUCGCCGGACCGUCGGGCCAAUAAGGGAUAUCGUGCGGAGGAGGAGAUGCGUUGGCGGUUCGCUGGGGGACACUGAAAGGGAGACCUGGGCAGGCUUCCCCGUCGACGUCCUCCAGGUACAAUCGCUAUGCCAACCGACAUCGUAGUCACAUCGGCCUCGGCCACAGUUUCAGAGGAGACGAGCAGAAGUCGAGACCUGGGCAUUGGACAGUCUCCAAGAUCAGGUCCCUCUUCCGCAGCCGCGUCGUCCUCCAAUUCCAAUGUGGCAUCGACCUCGAGAGGAUUCGAUCCAUCUAGCACACUUGCCGCUUAUCAUCAUCACCGCCACAGUUUGGUGACCGGUCUGGGCCAUGCUCAUCACCGAGAAUCGUCAGCCUUCGUGCCUGUGGUGCCUUCAAGAUUACAGCUCACCCCGUAUCCAGGUGAAAUGCAUCCCCAUUUACCCGGCCCACCGCCCUCUUCCUCGUCGACGACAAAUGCGGAACACGAAGUCGGGCCCGAGUCUUCAGUAGCCAGAAAGAGCUCCUCGAGUUACGACAUCAUGGCGAUGAUGGUCGACAAAAGGAAGGAACUAGCGCGAGGUCUUUUACUACCACCGCAUCCUCUCCUCGAACCGCCUGGUUAUCCAGUCUUUGGCGGUCCUUUUCCUGGUAGUUCCGCCUUGUAUCCACCGGGUGGUCCGUUGGCCCAUCAGCAUCUGGAUCGGAGGUUACUUAGAGCACCCGGCAGAGCAUCCAGACCGAAGAAACAGUUCAUUUGUAAAUUCUGUAGUCGACAAUUCACAAAAUCCUAUAAUCUUCUCAUUCACGAGAGAACUCAUACCGACGAGAGGCCAUACUCCUGUGACAUUUGCGGCAAGGCCUUCAGGCGGCAAGAUCAUCUCAGAGACCACAGGUAUAUCCACAGCAAGGAGAAGCCUUUUAAAUGCGGCGAGUGCGGUAAGGGCUUUUGCCAGAGCCGUACUCUGGCGGUUCACAAGAUUUUGCACAUGGAGGAAUCGCCGCACAAAUGUCCCGUUUGCGCGAGAAGUUUUAACCAGCGCAGCAAUCUCAAGACUCAUCUCCUAACGCACACAGACCACAAGCCUUACGAAUGUACCUCGUGUGGCAAAGUAUUUCGUAGAAACUGUGAUCUGAGGAGACAUGCAUUGACACAUGCCGUGGGCGAUGUUCCUCCGGAGGCAUUGGAAGAGGCGUUGAGGGACGAUGACAGCCCCGAGGAGGAUUGCCCUGAGCCCGGGCCAUCUUCUUCGUCGACAGCCACAACACCGGCCGUGUCUUCUGCGUCUUCCACUUCGUCCGGAUACCCUCCCCAAGGAGCUUCCGCGCCGCCGCCUGCGCCUACAGUAUCGGCCUCGGCACCACCUCUUCCUCAGAGACCUCAACUUCAGAUCAGAAGGGAUCUAUUACCCGCCGUGAAGACGUCGACAGUAACCAGCGGCGCACCUGCAGCUCAUUCCGUCACCCAGAAUCCACCGACCGCGCUCCCACCGCCAUCGACACUCAUUUUGACCUCGUACCGACGAAGACUUGAAUCACCAGGUCCUUCCAGAGUAUUUCUAGAGCUUCAAGAACGUGGACGCGAGAGAGAACGAGAGAUGGAGCAGAACAGAGAAAGAGAGCGUAACAGGGAACGUGACAAGGAAAUAGCUAGACCACCGAGAGCACCAACACCACAGCCACCACCACCACCACCUAGACCCACGCCAGCACGCCAGGGCUUCACAAUUGCAGAUAUAAUGGGCCGAUAGAAAUUUGUCGCAGGUAGUUUUCCUGUGCUUGCAUUUCUUUCUCGUAGGCUUUGUGGAUUACACGAAGGAGAGGUACCGGUCUUCACAAAGAAUACAGCUUUUCUAAAGAUUCCACAAAUUCCACGAUACUUUCGGAGAAGAAUAUGGCACGUACGAAUACGGCUGAUGAUUUGUUGAAUUUGUUGAAAACUUUGCACACUAUUUAUGCACGUGUUAUUGCAAUGUUUUAUUUAUGAGGUCAUGAGAAAGUUUAAAUAUAUAGGGAGACAAGAUCCUAAAAAAAAAA